UGAGGAAGAAAUGCUGUAUGGAGCGCUAGUCAGUGAGGAGCUGGAGAAUGCUGUGCGUGCGGUACUUGCAAACCUGGAUGGUCUUCACCCCUUCACCACCCAGCAUUUAAACAUUUUUCCCUACAAAAGUAAAUGGGAACAAGUGUCCAAAAUGAAGUUCAUGAAAGAGGGUGUAAAACUGUCUCCAUACCCCUUCCUAAUCACGCUAUAUGUGGAGUAUCGUGAACCAGCCUUUCCAUAUGCAGCAGUGAAAAAUACCAACGCCUGGAACACACCGGAGAAACAGUCUAUAUUGAAAAGUCCACAGUGUGCUAGUGAGCCAAUGAGGACAGACCAAACCACUGCAAUGGAUCAUCCAGAAGAGGGCACUAUGGACCAACACAAGGAUAAUAAGCAAACCCCAGAGUGCUUUCAGGAGUCCCCUUCCUCGGCCAAUGGUGCAGAAGAGAUGGUUUGUGGCAGUGAGAUUCAUGCUGAUUCACAUGUGACUUGUCCACCAGCACCAGAUGUGCAUGAUGCUGCCCCUGAAAGUCCUGACCCAAAUUCAACAACUGGACAGAACACUGGGAUCAUUACUAGAAUGGCCAGCUCGCUGUUUCCCUUCUCUCUGUUCUUCCGUAAGAGUCCUGCAAAUUAAAAAAUCCAAAC